GAGGAGAAGGCGGUGGUCCGCCAUUUCGUGGACGCCGGGUCAGCGAGAGCAUCUGCUGGAGCCGGGAGGGGUGGGGAGCGGGAAGACCCAUCCGAGGGUGUGUUGAUUUGAGCGUCAGCUUUCUAAUCCACGAUCUCGAAAUGCAUCGUGAUUCCUGUCCAUUGGACUGUAAGGUUUAUGUAGGUAAUCUUGGAAACAACGGUAACAAGACUGAAUUGGAACGAGCUUUUGGCUAUUAUGGACCACUCCGAAGUGUGUGGGUUGCUAGAAACCCUCCCGGCUUUGCUUUUGUUGAAUUUGAAGAUCCCCGAGAUGCAGCCGAUGCUGUCCGAGAACUAGAUGGGAGAACAUUAUGUGGCUGCCGAGUAAGAGUGGAACUCUCGAAUGGUGAAAAGAGAAGUCGAAAUCGUGGCCCACCUCCGUCUUGGGGUCGUCGCCCUCGAGAUGAUUAUCGGAGAAGAAGUCCUCCACCUCGCCGCAGAUCUCCAAGACGGAGAAGCUUCUCCCGCAGCCGGAGCAGGUCCCUUUCUAGAGAUAGGAGGAGAGAGAGAUCCCUGUCUCGGGAGAGAAAUCACAAGCCGUCCCGAUCCUUUUCUAGGUCUCGUAGCCGAUCUAGAUCAAAUGAAAGGAAAUAGAAGACCAGUUUGCAAGAGGAGUGGUGUACAGGAAAUAACUUCAUUUGACAGGAGUAUGUACAGAAAAUUCAAGUUUUGUUUGAGACUUCAUAAGCUUGGUGCAUUUUUAAGAUGUUUUAGCUGUUCACAUUUGUUUGUCUCUUGGAACAGUGACACACAAAGAUGUAAUUCUCUAUGAUUUGAAUAGAUCAUACGAGGCAUGUAAUAUCAAGAAUUGUUACUUUACAAUGUUCCCUUAAGCAAAAUUGAAUUUGCUUUGAAGUUUUGUCUUAUAUAGACUGAUAAUAAACCUCUUAUUCCUGCCCAGCUAAAUCUUGACAUUUAAUAUUAUGAGAACAAAACUGGCAAAAAUUGAAUGAAGUCUUUCUAUAGCUGGGAUAAUAGUAUGCAGCUGUAGUUAAAUAAGCAGUCUUUAAAAGCUGGUGUGAACACAAGCCAGCAAUAAAAAUUAAGCUGCACUAUUAAACUAGAUUAGAGGUUUAAAAAAAAAAGAAUCCAACUAGUCUUCGUACUGGGCAGGGUGUCUAGUUGGUAUAGAAUUGGAAGUUUCAAGAAAGUUAGUUUACCUUUGUUUUAGGUCAUUAAGUUCCUUACGUGAUUGCUGUAUAUGAAAACAUGGCUCUUUGUAACAUUCUCUAUUUGGUAAUUUGAAACUAUUAAAGAUACCAGUGUUCUGCCAGUUUAAGGGUACAUUGUAGAGCUGAACUUUGAGUUACUGUGCAAGAUUUUUUUUUCAUGCUGUCAUUUGUAAUAUGUUUGUGAGAAUCCUUGGGAUUAAAGUUUUGGUUACAAAUUGUUGUUUAACCUGAAAGCCUGUUUUUCCUUGCAAAACUAAAAUCUGUGAGCUUGGUAUCAAGUCCAGGUAUAACAUUCCUAUUGGAAGCCAUACUUAUAUUUUCUUGUAAAGUGCUUUUGAAUUAAUAAAAUAUUAGCAUAAUUGUGUAAUAGUCGAACCCACUAUUAACAUAGUUCUUGUCCCAUGGAAAUCAGUUGGUUACACAAAUCUUACAAGAAACACAAUUGAGGCUGAAGGGAACUUUCGGUUGUCACCUACAUGAUUGUUCCUACUUAACCAUUUUUUAGGGGUAGGAGCUAGUUCAAAGAUCAUGAUACUCUGUGACCAACAUUUUUAAAGUAUAGCAACAUGGUACAUUAUAAUCCAAAGUGACCCAUUAAAAAAGGGUUUUAUCAUUAGCAUGAGACCUUUGCAAAGCUUUAAAAAUUGCUUCCAUUUUAUAUAAUUUGAAAUGUUGCAUGGGAAUUCUAAAUUGAUCCAUCAUGAUGUAAAAUUCACUAUAUGGUUCAAAUGUAACAGUGCAGAAUUGAAUUGGAAGCAUGCAUAACCUUCCUCUUAGAAAUCCAGAGGAGUUGUAAUUUCAAAUUUUUGUGCAAUUAGAUUAAAUCACAAUGCAACAGUCUUGUGGCUUAGUUUCCUUAAAUGUGCUACUUAAAGGUAGUUUCGGAUUAUUGCUGUACUGACUUUAAUAUGAAAGAUGAGUCAUUGCAUUGAGUCUAUAAAGAUUUUCUAAGAUGUAGGUUCUAAACAAUUGUUUAUGGUCCUUUUUAACCUUUCAUGUAGAUCCCAACAAAGGAGGAUAGUCCUUGGUAUCAUAAGGUAGAAUUGUCAGAUUGGGUAGGAGACCCACUUUAGAGAAGACCUUUAAAGACUAGUGAUGUAUUGAGAGCUCUGGUGUUUUGGGCCUUUUGUCUCUGCAUUUUUUCAAAGCCUAAGACUAUCCAGGUUCAGAACAAGGAAAGAUAGCUAAGAGGUUAUGGAAGGAAUAUGGUGUAUCAAUAAUCAAACUGCCCUUAUAAAUGGACAUUUAUAUGCAUGUUUUUGGCAGUAUACAACUUGCAGAGUUGUAAGUUGGGUUUUUGUAAAAAGGAUAGUAGGUUAUGAGUACAAUGUGGCUUUUUAAGUUGAUCUCAGAGUGAUCCUGACAUAACAGGCCAAAUUUGCAAUCACUUUAACCAGAAGCCCCCAGCACAGUACUUAUGGCUUGUUUAAAAAAAGGAAGUAGGGAAGGUGGUAGAAGCUGUUAAAAUCCCUGCACACUCAGCUUCUUGCUAUUAAAAGUUUUGGUUACUAUAAUUUCUAAAACUAGCUUUUCACUAGCCAGUUUGGUCCUUCCAUCCUUUUAAGUACAAUAAUGAAAGAUUAGUGACAAAAAAUGACCUCUAGUGUAAUGACUACAGGUGUUCACUAGAGGUCACUAUUGAUACUGGGUGGUGAUUUAAGGAAAUAAACAUUUAUAGUUGGUUUUUAUACUUUUCCAGAAUAAUUAUCUGGUUCUCACCUAAUUGUGGGUUACUUCUGACCUUCAUGUCUUAAGCAGAAAGGUGAAGAUAAAUUAGCCAGAGAAAUUUUAUCAGAUGUAGAUACUUAUCUACUGUUAACGUACUUUCACAGUUCUUUACCUAGUUGUGAUCCAUAGACGUCAUUCCUCCCUUUUAGUUAGACUCACCUGUAUCAGAUGGGAAGUCCUGGUUGCUUUUUCUUGGAGUGUUAAUAUGGUUCAUGUUAGUAUAGUGCUUUACUAGGAAUGCUGUUGAUAACAACUUUUUCCG